UGGGUUGGCCCUCAGAUUGCGGGGUCUCGGGGGCGUCUCGUCGGGCACCCCCUGACCCACCUACAAGGCCUUCCCCGGGCCAGAGCAAUGGCCGCCGAGAACAGCAAGCAGUUUUGGAAGAGGAGCGCCAAGCUGCCGGGGAGCAUCCAGCCUGUAUAUGGAGCACAGCACCCUCCUCUGGACCCUCGGCUCACCAAAAAUUUCAUUAAAGAAAGGUCAAAAGUCAACACUGUUCCUCUGAAGAGUAAGAAGGCCUCCAGUUUUCAUGAGUUUGCCCGGAAUACCAGUGACGCUUGGGACAUUGGCGAUGAUGAGGAAGAGGACUUUUCCUCACCCUCCUUCCAGACUUUAAACUCAAAAGUUGCUUUGGCAACUGCCGCUCAAGUCCUAGAAAAUCACAGCAAGCUGAGGGUAAAGCCAGAGCGGUCGCAGUCGACGACAUCUGACGCUCCUGUGAACUACAAGGUCAUCAAGUCCAGCAGCGAUGCCCAGCUGUCCAGAAACUCCAGUGACACAUGCCUGAGGAACCCACUCCACAAACAACAGUCACUCCCUCUCCGACCCAUCAUCCCCCUCGUUGCCCGGAUCUCAGACCAGAACGCCUCUGGAGCCCCUCCCAUGACGGUCCGCGAGAAAACCCGCCUAGAAAAGUUCCGUCAGCUGCUCUCCAGCCACAACACCGACUUAGAUGAACUGAGGAAGUGUAGCUGGCCAGGUGUUCCCAGGGAAGUACGACCUGUAACCUGGAGACUCCUGUCGGGCUAUCUCCCAGCAAACACGGAGAGGAGGAAACUGACUCUGCAGCGGAAGCGUGAGGAGUAUUUUGGCUUCAUCGAGCAGUAUUAUGACUCUCGGAAUGAGGAACACCAUCAGGAUACCUACAGACAGAUUCACAUUGACAUUCCAAGGACGAAUCCUCUCAUUCCAUUGUUCCAGCAGCCACUUGUGCAGGAGAUCUUUGAAAGAAUUCUAUUUAUUUGGGCCAUCCGACAUCCUGCCAGUGGGUAUGUCCAGGGAAUUAAUGACCUGGUCACUCCGUUCUUUGUCGUCUUCCUCUCAGAAUAUGUGGAAGAGGAUGUGGAGAACUUUGAUGUGACCAACUUGUCUCAGGACAUGCUGCGAAGCAUUGAGGCCGACAGCUUCUGGUGCAUGAGCAAGCUGCUGGACGGCAUCCAGGAUAACUACACCUUUGCACAGCCAGGGAUCCAGAAGAAAGUCAAGGCACUGGAAGAGCUUGUCAGCCGGAUCGAUGAGCAGGUGCAUAACCACUUCAGGAGGUACGAGGUCGAAUACCUGCAGUUCGCCUUUCGCUGGAUGAACAACUUGCUGAUGCGGGAGCUUCCCCUUCGCUGCACCAUCCGCCUGUGGGACACUUACCAGUCUGAGCCAGAAGGGUUCUCUCAUUUUCAUCUCUACGUGUGUGCAGCCUUCUUGAUCAAGUGGAGGAAAGAGAUCCUGGAUGAGGAGGACUUUCAGGGGCUGCUCAUGCUGCUGCAGAACCUGCCCACGAUACACUGGGGCAACGAAGAGAUCGGGCUGCUGCUCGCCGAGGCCUACAGACUCAAGUACAUGUUUGCCGACGCCCCCAAUCACUACCGCCGAUAGGUGCUGUCUCCCUGGGGACCCAGACUGCCCCAUCAGUGAUGGCAAUCUGAUCACUGUGGCCACUGUGCGAGCCGCGGACCCCGGCCAGGAACCACUCGUGCUGUACAAAGCUCACACCCACCGCCCAGGUCUUAACUUGUUGGCAUCCAGCACUCCAAGUCUCUGGAUGCGUCUCUUGGACCACUGUCAGUAUUCCAUGCUGUGCGGAUGGGCCCAGCUCUGGGAGAGGACAGAAGAAGAGGUACAGGGUUGUCUGCCCCUUCAAAACAAACUGGACAAAAGAAGGGGAAGGCUCAGGGUCCCCAUUCACAUUGUCCCUACCAGGGCUGGCUAUGUCUCUGCCUCCAGGCCCCAACUGAUACUGUUGCUUUUUGUGACUUAGUUUGAUUUGAUCACAGGUCAAAAACACCUAUGUUUUCAAGUCUCCUGGCCCUCAUCCCUCUCCCUGGUUUCCUAGCCCUUCCCCUUCUGCCUAGUCUGAGCCAGUGAGGGGCAGCCUGCUAGACUGUGGUUCCCAGAGGAGGGAGGCCGGCACCCCAGAGCUAGGAGUUCUGUUCCUCCUUCCUCACCAGACGUCUGUGUGCGCACACGCCCUCCGCAUCUAGUUACACGGAUGAAUUUCCACGUCCCCUCCAGCCCGACCGCCCCAGCUGGGAGGGGCCCCAGGGCCCAGCGGCCGAGCGGCCCUUGAGAAGGAUCAGGGCGGGAGGGAGAAGGGGCUCUUUCCCUCUCAACCUUUUUCCAUGAUGACCCACUCCAAGAUAUUAUGUGUAAAUUGUGUUAUUAUGUAUAUGGGUAAAGAUGUACAAAUAUAUGUCCUCUUUGUAGCAGAUAUGAUUUUAUAUUUAUAAUGUGCAUCAACAUGUGGACGCAGUGUAGGUCGCUGGCACAGAGGCAGGUGCCCGCGGGGCUGCCGCGCCCCCAGCUGGGUGUCAGGAUGCCCUGCACCGAGGCGCCGCGGGGGUGCUGCCAGCCGGAGUGUGGCCGUGCCUGGGAGCCAGCAGCAGCCCUCCAAGCCUCAGUCUCUGUUUCUCUCCUCCCCUUCCUUCCCACCCGUCCCAGGCCUUGCUGGAGCACUGCCCUGCCCUCCCCCCGCAGCACACAGAGCCCCCACCUGUCCCCCAGCAGCCUCCCCUAGAACGGACUGUGGGGGCAGAAGCCCUUUUUGCAAGUAUUUGGUCCCUGCCCCUCCCUCAGGAUCUGCAGAGCGCCUUCGACCUCACACGUUUAGGUCAGCGUGGAAUUCAGGGCAGAAGCUGUGCUGACCAGUCAGUGCCAAGGCAAAGGCUGCCCGUGUCCCUGGGCCGGGGGCUCUUCUCAGAGAGCGGCGUUCCGUGUCCCCUGCCGCCGCCAUCACACCCCACACAGCUCGUGACCCCAUUUGGUUUCUGGUGGUGGGAGGUUGGCCACCACCUGUCACCCUCCUGAAGCCGAGCAGCGUCCCCAGUGGGCACCACCCUCAAGUCUCUCUGCCAAUGGAGCCUGCCUCGCCCCCGCCCACAGCCCGCUGGGAAGGGUCAGGUCCUCCGGAGCUGUUUCUCAGGCGUUCUUUGUCCCCAGCCCUCUUCCUCUGCCCGUCAGUGGGCCUCAGUAGUCCCCUCCACACAGUGGGAGGGCUGCGGCCCGCCCUCCCGACACUGACAAGAGACAGACACUUGUGUUCCCAAGUGGUGGUUUUAUUUUUUUAGUUUUCAUGUUUGUAUGGGAAAUUGUGGAUAAAGUGAAAGAACUGUAAAUAAAUAGUGUAUUUCCUCCUCUA